CUUCCAAGAUAGAUUCCCUCAGGAGUAAAGUGGACUUGUUGCGUCUUCCGUUGGUCCUUUCCACAAAGUCCAUCAGCAACCGCAAGAGCCAAUUGGGCGUGGUGUGGGAGAAGGGCGGCGGCUCGGGGACGGGAGUGGCACGGAAACUCCGCCCACCGCCGGCCUCCGACAUGGACAACGAGUCAACGUAUUCGGGCUAUUCCUACAAGUCGUCCCACUCGCGUACCUCCCGCAAAAACAGGGAGAGAAGGGACAGGCAUCGCUUGAAGAAUCGGGAUGGCUCAAUCCGUGGAGAUAAGUCUGUGAUGAUCCAGGCUCCGGGGGAGCCGCUACUGGAUCCUGAGUCCACCAUACCAGAUGACCGGGACGACAACUGGGGUGAGACCACCACCGUGGUCACUGGGACUUCUGUGGACAGUAUCUCCAAUGAGGAUCUGACUCGAAUCUCUAAGGACUUGGAGGACUCUUUGCCUCCUGACUGUCGCCGUUACAUCAGCCCCGUUCUAGGAGCCAUUCUGGGGCUCAUCUCUGCAAUCACUCCCUUGGCUUUCCUUGCCCUUCCACAGCUCCUUUGGCGGGACACAUUGGACCAUUGUGGAACGCCAUGUGAGGGCCUUUACAUCUCUCUGGCUUUCAAACUCCUUAUCCUCCUCAUGUCCACGUGGGCGUUGUUCCUCCGGCCGUCCAGGGCCACUCUGCCACGCUUCUUCGUCUUCCGCUGUCUGCUCCUGGCGCUGGUCUUUCUCUUCGUUGCGUCUUAUUGGCUCUUCUACGGCGUCCGGGUCCUGGAGCCCCGCGAGACGGACUACAGGGGUAUCGUGGGAUAUGCCGCAUCUCUGGUGGACGCACUGCUGUUCAUUCAGUAUCUGGCUCUAGUUCUGCUGGAGGUCCGACACCUGCGGCCCGCUUUCUGUUUGAAGGUCAUCAGGACCGCUGACGGAGUCAGUAGGUUCUACAACGUGGGGCAUCUUAGCAUCCAGAGGGCAGGAGUGUGGGUUCUGGACCAGUACUACAGCGACUUCCCAGUCUAUAACCCGGCAUUGCUUAACCUCCCCAAGUCCAUCCUUACCAAGAAGAUGUCCUCCUUCAAAGUCUACAACCUGGAAGAAGAGAACACCAACAACUCCACAGGCCAGUCCAGAGCCAUGAUAGCAGCCGCCGCUCGGAGAAGAGACAACUCCCAUAACGAGUACUACUACGAGGAGGCAGAGGUGGAGAGGAGGCUCCGCAAACGCAGGGCCAGACUGGUAGUGGCAGUAGAAGAAGCUUUCACCCACAUCAAGCGUCACCAGGAUGACGACACGCCCACAUCGUCUCCCAAACACCCACGGGAGGUGAUGGACCCCAGGGAGGCCGCCCAGGCUAUCUUCGCCCCCAUGGCCCGGGCCAUGCAGAAGUACCUGCGGGCCACCAGGCAGCAGUCCUAUCACACCAUGGAGAGCAUCAUCAACCAUCUGCAGUUCUGCAUCACACACAACAUGACACCUAAGGCCUUCUUAGAGCGCUACCUCAGUCCUGGUCCCACCCUCCAGUAUCUGGACAACAACAGGGGGCGCCAGUGGACACUAGUGAGCGAGGAGGCGGUGACGGCCUCCUUGCGCCAAGGCCAGGUCUUCUGCCUGAAGCGCCUCGACUUCGCCCUGGUCGUGAAGGUGAUGCCCCUCCCUUUCCUGCGCCUGGCCGAGGAGUUCAUCGACCCAAAAAGUCACAAGUUUGUCAUGAAGCUCCAGUCAGAGACGUCUGUGUAGCAGAACGGAUUCAGCUGGACAGAAGGAAAGGGGAAGUUGAAAGAUGCUUCUUAUCGAGGGCAUGUUUUUUUUUGUUUUAUAUACCUUGUAGUAUUACAGUGUUAUUAUACAUGUUUUUUUUUAUUAUUAUUAUUAUUUGUCCAAAUACAAAGCCAUAAAAUAUAUGGCCAAGAUAAAGAAAGAUGAAGUCAUAGUCAUAUAUUAGUUAAAGAAAGUAAGAUAAAGACACUUCCCUGUCCGACUGCUGCUGGGGAAGUAUCAGUCUAACAUUUUGUUCUUCUCUAAACAAAUGUCAUACACAACAAAAGCUGAUCUUUAGACUUUGCUCCAAAUCCAGAUGUGCUUUUUGCUUCUCUUAUGUUUUUUUUUUUUAUGUUACUAUUUAACAUGACCCUUCAUACCACCACAGCACUCUGCUAAAAAAUAUUUUAUUUUAUCCCAGGCUUUUAGAUAAGAGUAUUUUCUGAACAAAUCUUGGUUUAUAUUUCUUCAGUAGUUUUUUUUUUUUUGUUGUUGUUUUUUUUGGUACAACUCAAAUUGUAACCUUAUAAAGCAGAAUCAAACAUCACAAAACCCAACUGAAAUGACAUUCUAGCCUUUCCUGAGCCUUACAGCAAAAUGAUACAAUCCGAAACAAGACGGCAGAUUUUUUUUUUUUUUUUUAUAUCGCCUUUGCAUUUCUGCUUUCUUUAAAUGGCAGACGAAGACAGAAAUACUUAACUUCUGCAGGAAGUGUAUCAACUUUCUUUCAUGUGACAGACAAGAGGAACAAUUUUGAUCGUUGUGAAAAAUGUAUUAAUUGCUUUGCUUGGAACGCGGUGUUUUCGCGGUGUCAUUUUUUUCCUCCCGCAUUGUUUGCAAUGUGUACCCCUGUUGCAUCUACAAGCUCCCAUGUGAAACUUUUCUUUUUGAAGGAACGUUGCAGCUUUACUUGUAUAUGAGGGUACAAAAAUUCUGGUCUCCAUCUUUUAAAGGGCUUUGGGUUAAUGGUACAGAUUUUUUUUUGUUUGUUUGUUUGUUUUGUGGAGCAUGCUGUAUCAGACAGCUUCCGUUACCGUGUAUGGAAAUCAGCUGACGGAACUUCACCUGACAGUGAAGCUAACCACAUGGCGUCUCUGUUUGAAAAAUGUGGUUAUAGGGUUCACGGUACGCUGAGCAGUUUGUUUAUUUACUGGCACGUAGGAACUUUUCUCAGAUUUUCUACACUGACUGUUGUUAACUGAAGGCAAUACUUGCAAGUAUUCCGCACAAAUAUUUUUAAAAAGUACAUUUUAGCGAUAAGCCGAGUCGCUCUGGAGAGCGUGUCGUGUCGGUGGAAAGUCCUUUCAAAGACGCAAGGUUAUGUGUAUCUGCCUGGUUGACCGUAGCUGCCAACCACAAAUCUCUGUUGGGUUAGCUUGAUCAUGCCGUGAUUUGAUGUAUUUUUGUUUUCUGGAACACAACAGCUAAACCUCUGAAGAGCUGAGAAAUUCCCAAAAUGUACUUUGAAGUUGCCCUUUUGACGCAUUUUGCUAAAUGUAUGCUAAACAGAGGCACCGUGGCAUCCACGCGUUGUGAGCUCACUAACUGCGUUCGCUACAUUGUUAUACCGUACACUUCGUUACGCUUUGUUUGAUUUUUCUUUCUGAAGUUAACACGUAGACCUGUGCAUCUCUGAAAGGUCAGGGAUUGACUAAUCGCGCUGCUAGUUGCAGUACAAGACAAUAGUGUAUUUCUCUCUGUUUUGUGCGUUCAAACACUAAAAGCCUUAACAAACACUUUGGCAUACGUCAAAGACAAACCUCCUGCUCAUACUAUUUUCUACUCAACUGAGCCACAGCGAUCAACUUGGGGAAAAUCUGUUUUCGCUAGUCAUUACAGCCUACUAGAGAAGACGAAAAUAACCAAAAACGAAAGAAGAAAAUGAAUUUUCACUAGAAUAUCUAUGUAGUUUUUUAAUCUUUGUUGAUCCUAACUACAUGACAAACCAAUGGGACAGGGAAAAUGGCACAUCACCCCACCCUGUGAAUGCAAGGAGUGCUUUAUGAAAAUUACAGAACUGUUACUUGUCGCCUGCUUCUCUUGUAUGCAGACGCCCAUCACAUGGGCGUCUUGUAUGCAGACGCCCAUCACAUGGGCGUCUUGUAUGCAGACGCCCAUCACAUGGGCGUCUUGUAUGCAGACGCCCAUGUCUGUGAAUUAUGCAAAUGGACUUAAAAAAGGAGAAAUGGUUCAGAACUAUAAUCUCAAAAUAUCUUUUGAAGUGUGAAAUUGAACUCCAAGAGCACUUGUUAGAUCCCCUACUCAUUCUGCUGCAAGUUGGCUCAAUUUUGACCCACAAGUAAAAUCCGGUUUAGGAUUUUCAAAAUAAAAGAUCCGGAAGUAGUUCAUUAUUUCUUGCGCGGCCAGGUACCAAAUGGUCCGCAGACCGGUGGUUGGGCACCACUGCCCUGGUGAAUUAAACUACAUUCUAAUUUGUAGAUAUGUUCUAGAUCAGGGGUCUCAAACUCCAGUCCUCGAGGGCCGCAGUCCUGCAACUUUUAGAUGUGCCUCU